GGACAGCAGAGAAAACAGGAGCUAAUCUUGGACUAACUGAAUCACACACAAGGCCAAGCAAGAGACAUUCACAGACAGGACUUCAGGGAAGAAAGCCGCAUACAAGACAAGGAAACUAAUUCUUAACAGGUGCAAAGAGAAUUACAAAUAGGUGAGAAAAGGUUGGAGAAGAGUUCCACGUUCAAAGGAUUGAGGAGACGUGAUUGUGAAAGUGCCAUGGAUUACAAUGCAGAUAUUAUCCGAGACAAUAAUCCUAUGGAUAAUUUGGAGAAACAGCUCAUUUGUCCUAUUUGCCUUGAGAUGUUUAACAAGCCUGUGGUGAUCCUGCCAUGCCAACACAACUUGUGCCGGAAAUGUGCCAAUGACGUGUUUCAGGCUGGAAACCCAUACUGGCCCACACGGACAUCUGUAUCUGGGGGUAAAUUUCGUUGCCCAACUUGUCGUCAUGAGGUCAUUUUAGACCGACAUGGAGUUUAUGGGCUACAAAGGAACUUACUUGUGGAGAACAUAAUAGAGAUCUACAAACAGGACUACACAAGCCGACCAGAGAAAAAAAAGGAAAAUCACCCAAUGUGUGAGAAGCAUGAAGAUGAGAAGAUAAACAUAUACUGUCUGAGCUGCCAAGUACCAACCUGUUCUAUGUGCAAAGUGUUCGGUGCUCAUAAAGACUGUGAAGUAUCUCCCCUCCAGAAUAUAUACCAGACUCAGAAGACAGAACUAAACAGCUGCAUAUCAAUGUUGGUCGCUGGUAAUGACAGAAUUCAGUCUAUCCUUAGCCAGCUGGAGGAGUCAUGUAAAACGAUAAAGGAGUGCAGUCAGAAGAAGAAGGAGUCUCUGAAUGUACUAUUUGAAGAACUAAACAAGAUCCUUCAGGAGAAAAAGACAGAGCUUGUGGAGAGGUUAUUAGAAGCGGAGGAGGAGAAGCUUACUUUUGUGCAUUCACUUGUAAUUAGAUACCAGGAGCAACUUCAGUCCUCAUCAGACCUGCUGCAAAGUGCACUUCAGGCACUGGAACAGCCUGGUCAUGCUACCUUCUUGCUGAAUUCCAAACAGCUUAUUAAAAGAAUUAUGGAGGCAUUUAAAGAGUGUCAGCUUGAGAAGACUGAACCUGGUUUUGAGAAUAUGGACCAUUUUACUUUGGACAUGGAUCAUGUUAAAGAUUGCAUGAGAAGCAUUGAUUUUAGCACAAGUUAUAAAUAUGAAGCGGAAGAGGAGGAUAUUGAGGAAUAUGAAGAGACAGAAGAAGAAAGACCUGAAGGGCAGCAAGAGCUCCUAAGUGUGUGAAAACCUCACGAGGUGGAUAAAAUAAAGGACAUCACAUGAGCUUGGAGGAUGGAGAUCCUGCAGGCUAUAACUCAGGACUGCUGCUAGUAAUAAGAGGACCUUUAUUUGUGGUCUUAUGAUCAGGGUGUAUAUAGUUGUUCAGCUGUAAUUUAUAAUUCUGUUGGGUGCUGUGAAACUGCAAUUGGGUUAUCAGGAACCCUUUGACAGCAAAUAAGGUUGGGUAAUUUGGUCACACUGUAAUGUGUGUGUAUUGUAAAUGUAAUGACUGUGAAACUUGAAUAAACUCUACUGGUGUAGCUGAAUGCAAUAUUACAUACAGUAGCAGAAUGCAA